GAAAUGUGUGUGUGUGUGUGUGUGUGUUUCCUCACUGUACCCAGGUGCUUCACCUUUGGCAUCGGGGAGGGGGCCAGCAGUGCCCUGGUGAAUGGCAUGGCUGAGGGCGGCUCUGGACACCCACAGUUCAUCACUGGAGCAGAGAGACUGCAGCCAAAGGUUAUGCAGUCUCUUCAGUUUGCCCUGCAGCCUGUUGUAGAGGACAUUUCAGUGAAAUGGAACAUUCCAGCAGAUAUAUCUGUCACCCCCCUGUCUCCUCUUCCCAAUGUGAUCUUCCAGAAUCAGAGGGCAAUACUGUACUUCCAGCUCGCAGGACAGAGUUCCGGUAAUAUUUCAGGUUCCGUGAGUCUCCAUUACACUCUGGAUAAGAAGGCUGUGGAAAACACACUUACCCUUAACAUGAAGCCGAAGGAGGACAGCAGCAUGCUGAUCCACAGACUGGGGGCCCGCAAAGCCAUUUUGACCUUGGAGGGGGAACGUGGAGAGGCGGGCGAUAAGACUGGGAAAGAGAGAGCAGUGGAGCUGAGCAUCCAAUCAGGAGUCAGCUCCUCCUACACGGCUUUCAUUGCCGUCAACACAGAGAAUAAGCAGCCAAUCAAAGGACCCCUACUGCGCAGAAACAUCCAUGCAGCAUACCUACGCACAUGUUUUCUACCCAUAGGAAUUCCCUGCUCAGAAGUACUGCAAUCAGCAGAUGGUUUCUCAGAUGAUGUCAUAUCAUGCGGAAUGGAAUAUCUGUCAGACCCUCCAGAGAGACAGAAAGUUGGGGAUCCUUUGCUGGAAUUGAUCAGCCUACAGAAAGUAGAUGGAUCCUGGGACCUUCAACCAUCGCUGGCCUCCAUCUUUGGAAAAAAGGAAGAAGAAGUGGCCACAGCCUUACCUGGAAAGCCUGAGUUUUUAUCAGUCUGGGCCACAGUGUUGGCAGUUCUGUGGCUACAUGGUCAUAAGAUGGACUUCAAGGAUGAGUGGCAGUUUGUGGCUGCAAAAGCUGUUGCCUGGAUCAGGGCUCAGUCAGGAGCUGAUUUGACCGGGUUUGUGGCAGCUGGGAAUUCCUUCCUUGGCCUCCAGGUGGAGCUGCAGAAGUUUGGCCUGCAAGAGUGACUCAGACCCUGAAUUGCCGUCUUAUUUGCCUAUCGCUACUGCACGCAAAUUAUCCCAGCCAUGAUAAUUACUAUUCUGUAGUAUUUCUUAUUUCUUAAACUGACCAUACUGGCAUGAAAGGAACAUUUUAAUUUUCCAAGCAAAGUAAUGAUUCUGCCUAAAUCACAAUUAUGUAGACGUACAGAUUGGUUCCUAUUAAUGUGGUUUCCAAAUGUUCCCGCUAUGCUCCAUUUUAAAAGUUAUUCUUUUCAAAAUAUUUCAUAAAAUGUAACGUAAUAAUGACUAUAUAAUUUAAUUUGUUACAGCACAUUAUUCUACUUUACUUAUUAAGCUACAAAAAGUUUACACUGCCUACAAAUCAGAA